AUGGCUAAAGAGCUCAUGAGACUGUAAGCAUAAAACGAAACAAUCACCUAUAACAAUCAAAUUCAAACUUCAAUUAAUUUUAAAUUCUUAAUAGGACAUACGAAACACUAGUAGAUAAAAGACAUGCACUUGGUUUGCUUGAAAAAGUCAAAAGAGAAGGAGACGCAUUAAUAUACAGUGAAAACAAAUUAAAUAGAGAAAAGACGGAAUUUAACAAACAUCUUCACGAAGAAUCAUUUAAAACAAAAGUACAUUUAACCUAUGAUUUAUCGUUGUGUACAUAUAUAAAUUAAAUAACAAUGUUUUAUGGUUGAUCACCCUAAUUCUCACCUACAAUGGUGACAUAACCAUUAGCAAUAUCAGCCCUAAUUUUUAAAAAUUGUGUAAUAUUACUAAUUGAUCCACCCAGCGUUGCCCUUGACAAUUUUUACUAUUUUUUUUACCGAUAUCUCUUUUUGAGAAAAACCAGGAAAAAAUGUUGACAAAAUGGGAAAAUGUACGAAAUAUAAGUAUUAGUUAAAAUAUAUUACGGCCUUCUUUUUUCCUGUGAAUAAAUUUUCUACCAGUAUUUUUCUUUGAUUUUAAAUGAUAGCGAUGUUUCAGAAAGGAAAUCAAACUGAGGAAGUACCUUAGAGAAGUAGUUUUUCGAUUUUCUCGAGAGUUUCCCAAGCAAAUGUGUAAAACCAGGAAAAAACAUGAGAAAACCGUAAAAAACUUAAGAAAAUUAGGAAAAUCGGUACAACAUGAAAUAAACAUUAUUAAAGAGAACAUAGAAAGCAAAUUUAAUUUUUUUAAUUAUAAUAUGACUUAUAUGUUGUUGACAAAGCAUCACUAAUAACUGAAUUCGGCUCAGAAUCAUUUUUUCGUAAGCAAUGGUUUAUCUUUGCUUACAGGUAUAUUUUAAAUUACCUAUAAAACUGGGUAAACUCAGUGCACCUAUCUUUAUUAUCCUAGGACGUCUUUAUUUUAUUUUUAAUAUUAUUUGAAAUAAGAUUUCAACCGCAAAGAUUAUUAGUCAUUAGUAUUUUUUGAAUUAAAACUAACGUAAAUUAAAUAUAAUGUUCAGCUAUUUCUUAGAACCGAUAAAAAUCCAAAAGAACUGAAAAUAUUUGUGUUUUAUUUAAAAGGUUCUGAUUUCGGCUUCGAUUUAUUGAAUUGGGAAAUAUUGGUUCCAAUAAAGGUUUUGGUUCCCAGAUUUUCCCCGAAGACCGGUUUCAGAGCCGGUUCUUUCGGUUCUGGUUCUUGUUCCUGUGAUAUGCUCUGUAUGACACUUGCAUAAGGUCUGCGUUUGUUGAUGCAGCGCUUUCAUUUGAUCCGGCAAGGGAUUGAUGGGUGAGGUUGUGGAGUUGAGAUAUGCGGCAGCGACCGGGUUUGGUUUGAGAGAUGCCCAAUCUCUCUUGUAACAGAAUAUAGGCUCUAUUUUUUUCCUAGCUAAUUAACCCCGAAUCAUACAACAUAGUCACAACACUUUUAUUGAGCAUACGGUAAAUCUCAAUGAAACUAAUUGAGAUUUACACAAAUAUUUUUUUUUUUCAUGAAAGAAAUAUUCAAUAUACGAGGGCUAAUCAAAAAGUAUCAAGACUAGUAGUAUCAUUCGGAAAAGGAGCAUCGAAGAGCAGUAGGAUUGGUAUCACAUGCUUCUAUGACUUUUUCUGAGUACAUUUGUUUUUAUUGCUUCUCUAUAAAAUUCUUCGGUUUGAUUUCACUGACAUUAUUGUAAAAUAUAUUUUUCNUUUCAUGGUUUUUGCCAUUAAAUGUCAAUUGAAAAACUGAAAAUGUGCCCUCGAGUGGCAGCGAGUUCCGCUUCUUUUGGAUUCAUUACGAAAUCGCCAAACGUGAAAAACAAAUUUUAGAAAAAUAUCGUCAAAUCAAAACGAUGAAGUUCAUAGAGAUUUUAUACGAAUAGAUGUGCUCAGUAUAAGUCAUAGAAGCUAGGUUUACAAAUCGUUUUGCUCUUCAACGCUCGGUUUCCGAGUAAUAUUAUCAGUCUCGAUACUUUUUGAUUAGCCCUCGUAUAUGACUGAAAUGAAAACAUCUUCUAAAUUAUAAUGGUCCAGAUACUUUAAUGUUAUAUAUUUAACUGUACAAGUAAAUAUGGUUUAUGUUAUUUUUAAAUAAUCUUUUUUUGAACAUUAAAUUAUUAAAGGAACGCCUGGAAAAAAUCCAUAGUUUGGAAAAAAUAUACGAGAGAAAAAAAGUGGAGCUUGUAGAUAUUCAUAAACAAAUUGAGUUGGCAAAAAUGCGCUCAGAGAAUUUGAAAAAAGAAUCACGUACGCCUGAAGUACUUGAAAAUUAUCGACCUUACGAAGUAAAAUGUUUAACACUAUUGAUUACCAAUAAUUAUGAUAAUGCAUACAAAUAUAGUUUAUUUUACAUACAAUUGAGUUGCAACAACUCAGCGAUAGCUAUUAAUUUGUGAAAAUAUUAAAUUGUUGACUUAUCUUGUUCUAAUAUGUUUUAAACGUCUUUCGGUUUAACUAAUCAUAAUUCAAUCAAAAACCGAGUUGUUUAAAAAUCUUGAAACAAUAUUUAAUAUUUUUAAAAAUAAUUUUAAUAAUAAAUAAUAAUUUUUUACCAGGAAUUAAUUUCAGAAGUUCUUGAGAAAUUACCACAAUGCAAGAAUGUGUUCGAUAUCAUUAGUAAUGUCGUUAACUUGAACACUACAGUAAAGUUAGAUUCUGAAUUAUUUAAAACAGAUGAUGAUACCUAUGAAAAUUUAGAGGUAUUAUUCAUUUAAAUUAUUUUUAAAUCAUAUUGAUUAGGUUUUUUUUAAUAAACCUUCCUUUAUUAUACGCUAUAAUUUUAUAUUUCAAUUUUAAAUUAAUACUAGGUAGGAGGGUAAAAAUCGUAAUCGUGUAGAAAAAUAACGUUAUAUUACCGAAUCGUUUUAAUUUAUAGAUUCUGAGGGAAUUUUAUCUAUUUAUUUUAUUACUUGAUUUUUAAAACAGCCUUAGAAUAUUUUAUCAUAAUCAUUUUUCAAGGAUGAGUAUCUAUAUAACUACAGUUCUAUAUUUUCAUGAACGGGCAUACCAUUUAAUGUGCAAUUAUAAUUAAAAACAGUUAUACCUAGUAUUAUAUACAACAAAAUAUAAUAAUAGCUAAAUAAAAAAAAAAUUAAAUAAUUAGUAAUAUUUAGUAGCAUUAAGUUUAUGUAGUUUGACAUAUUUUAACAUCUAGAUAUGUGUAAUAAUUUCACUUAAGAAGUCAUCGCACAAAUUGUUUUUUGGUUAGAAAAUAAAAACUUACAGGAAAAACAAUCGUGUCACAAAUUAAAACUGACUGAAAUAUUUGUUAAAUCUUAUUUAUUACAGGAGUUUUCAAUUUUCGGUUGGUUCUGACGGUACAGACUAGCUUAGACUAAUUAUCUCUUUUCUAUUAUGGUUAUUUUUUGGGCAAUCCCUUGAUGUAGGCGUUUUCCCUGGAAUUUGGAAAAUCAACCACAUAACUCCGUUUUCUAAAACCGGUACAACUUCUGAGGUAAAAAACCAUAUAUAUUCUUAUAUUCGAAUAUCUAUUCUUUCUAAUUUUUCAAAAACGUAUGAAUCGCUAGUCUUGGAUAGUAUUAGGCCCUUUUUAAAUUCCGACGUGAUUGAUCAAUAACACGGUUUCCGUCCAGGGCGUUCAAUUAAAACUUGGAGCAUUACUUUCUGUCACUACAUUUAUGAUGCUUUCAAAAAUGGAUCCCAAGUAGACGUAAUUAUACAAUCUGUGCUGGCGUCACUUUGCUUCGGCCACCCUUUACUGGGGUGGAUGUAUUCCUAUUUACUAAAAAAAAUUACUAAAUAGGCUUCAAUGGGUUUAGAUUUUCGGUUCCAAGUCUCGUAUAUUUAUAGCUGAGUCUGGUGUCUCUCAAGGUGGACACUUGUCUCCAACCAUAUUUUUCCUUUUCAUAAAAGUGUCUACAGCGUUCCUCGAUUUGGCAAUGUUAUGUGUUUUGCUUGUGUGUUAAACUUUCCCGAGACUUGACCAAGACUUUCGGAGUUUAUGUCGAAAAAAAGAACGGACUUCAUUUUAUACUGUGUAUUGAUUGAUUCAUGGUGGUCAUGAUAGUCAACAUGGAUGAUCUGAUCGGACUACUUUUAUAAUUUUUAGUUACUCGAUGGAAAUUAAGAAUAUAGUAUUACCGUUUAAUUAUAAUAAAGUACCUAUUUUGUGUGUAACCAUCAUCACGUCUUUUUUUGUAUCAUUUAAUUUGUGGAUAUUUUUCAUCAAUAAUCAUGCCAAAAGUAAAAUUAAAAAGAAUUACAAGUGCAAUUACCGUAGAUGAAUUUUUAUUUGAUCGAAUAUUUGAGUAAAAUGGGAAUAAAGGUAAAAAGUAAUUAAAAAAUUGGCACGGGGAACGCUAAUAUGCUCUUACAUCAUAUUUAAUUAUUUUUUAAUAUUAAUAGAAUACAAAAUAUUUAUAAGUAACAACACACGUAUAAAAUAUAAUAAAAAGUAAAUAAUUGUAUCAUUGCCAUAUCGCCGAAAUGGACAUAAUGGAACUGAAAUUUCGCCAACAAGACUUAGAUCCCAUGCCAUCUAGUAUUAAAUUCAUUUUACAAUAUGUCAUUAGGCAAGUUUUGACGAAGUGGGUUUUAGGCCCGUUUGGUUCGCACCUCGUAAACGAAAGGUAGAAUCUAUUUGGGAACGCGUCCAAGAUGAUUUUAUGAAACGUCACCGCGGACAUAGUUAUAAACAUUUGGAGGACAGUGAUAUUAAACAGAUAAUAAAACAUUUGAAAAAAGACGAAGAAAGUCAAAAUGUAAAUAUAAAUUCACCCUACAUUUAAAUUUAGAUUUUAAAUUUGAAUACAUAAUACUUAAAUUGUUUCAUAAUUUGAAUUUCUAUUUGAAGAUUAUUAGUGCAAUAUUACAACAGUAUAUGGAUUUAUACUUGAAAAAUUGUGGGUACUUCCCUAUGGAAUUACCGUCAACUGAAGAUCAGUUAGUAUAUAUUUUCGAGUUCUUUAAAAGAACACUGAAACAGUUGGAAAUUAAUAAUAAUCUUGUGUCGGGAAAAAUGACAAGGAAGGAUUACUAUAUGGCAAAAAAAUAAAAAUGCAAAAUCUAUUUCCUUAUAACGUCAUAUUUUAUUAUACAGAUAAUUUUGAUUUUACUAAUUUUCUUUGUAAAAUUUUCAUAUAAAGUAAUCUGUGAGUCGUUGGAAUGCUACCCUGUUUUCAGUUAAAAAGAAGGAGAAUGCAAGUAAGAAAGAAAAGUUUAGGAUAAUGAUAGAUUUUAGAGCUUUAAACAAAAUAACAUUAAACGAGUUUCAUCCACUGCCUAAUAUAACUGAAAUAUUACACUUUUUAAGAGAACAGAGAACCACGAGUCAUUUUGUAACCCCUUAUAGGAUAAGGAGAUUAUUAAAAGAGAUUUUUGUAAUACUUGAGAAUUUAACCUAGCAUGUAGUACGCGAAUGAUAGAAUAGAAGUAAUAUGAUAAAUAGAAUGUAAUAUGAUAAAUAGAAUGUAAUAUGAUGAAAGUAUUUUGAUAAGCUGUGGGAAAUUAAUUUUAAUAUUUUUUGAAUAAUUUUACUUAUACACUUGUACGUCACGAUUUGUUUGCUGAACGAGCAACACGUACGACUUUAUAUGUGAGACUCAUCGGCUCGGGGCAGAUGGACCUACUGGCUGAUCCUGGUCAUUCAAACUUGGAUCGAGAGGAAGCACGGUGUAGUGAGCUAUCACCUCACGUAAGUACUAACCGGCCAUGGCUGCUACGCUGCCUCCUUGAAGAAGAUUGGAAGGAUUCUGACGUAGCCAUCGACGACGCAGAACACACUAUAUUUAGUUGCGAUGCCUAGGCUAACCGUAGGUUCAGAGUCGAGGUAGAACUUGGCGGUGCGCUUUCACCAGACACGAUGUUGGAAUUCAUGCUGAGGGACAAUAAAAAAUGAAGCCUUAUCAACAAUGAUCACAUCGAUAAAGGAGGAAGAGAAGAGUAGGUGUCAUGUGACGCCAAUCUAAUAACACAGAAGGUAUGAGAUGUCCAGAGCGACGGGCAGGAGUCGGCUCGAGAAGAAGGCCCAACCACCAAAACGUGGACGUGAUGCAACGGGCUGUGGCCAGCUUACGAAGAGGGUCCCACCCAGGGCAUAGAUGAUAGAAUUGAAAUUAGUUAUAUAAUACCAAUAUAUAAUACUCAUAUAAUAAUAUAUUUUGUAAAGCGGCUUAUAAGGGUGCGGCUAGCAGGGGAAUAUCCCACCUCCCACCCGCGGUGAAAUGUGAUAUUUUCUUUUAAAAUAAACGAUGGUGGCCGGGGAGUUAAGUGACAACCGUCAGUGCCACCCUCAGUCCUCGAUUCAAACAUAGAAAAAAAAUAUUUUAACGUUGGUGAUUUAUCGAUCUCCAUCCUUCCUCCUCCAAACAUUACAGUUUGCAACAACAUGAAUAGCAGGAUGCUGGAUGAAUAUGCAGAGCACGGGUAAUCUACUAAUUUCAUCACCUCUAUCACAUAGCUAUUCGCCAAUGUCACCACCACUCUUUCCACCGUCAACAAAUUAUUCAACGAUGUCUUCAAUGAAGAUUGUCUUUGACAAAUAAUCUAUUUCUUUCAAUUUUAAUUUUCAUUUCUUUGCAGAUGUUACGUAUACCGACGAGAGAAGAAUAUUUCUUUUAUUGUAUACGGAGAGAGUUUAUUGGUUAUAUUAAAUCUAUUCCUUGAAAUCUGGGGAAACACAUUGUUAGUUUUAAUCAACUCAGUGUCUACGAUAUUUACUUCUUUCGAGAUGAUGGAGAAACUAGACCCAGAUUUUGAGAAAAACAUUUCGCCCACUUUAAUAUAACAUUUUUGUAUAAUUAAAAUGUUUUCUUCGUUUGCUUCACAAAAUAUUCUUUGUUCAAUUAAAUAACACAGCAAAAUAUAUAUUCGUCCAAUAAAUAAAACUCACAAAAAUAAUACAAGUACAAAUAACAAAUAUUAUCGACGCAAAAUUGCUCGCAUUCGAUCGUGGUGGACUCGUCUGAGUUGACGGUGAUUCGGGUGACGGUUUAUAUUCUCGGAGGGACCCCCGCAACCCGUCAAUCAUAGUCAUGGCUUUCCAUAUUAUUAUUUCAAUGUAUUAUUUGAAUUUUUUAUACAUCUUGAAAUUAAUUGUAUCUAUUUUUUACUCAUCGACUGGUGUGUGGAAAAUGUAAAUAAUUUACAAACAAAUCAUACAAAACGUGUGAUUAGUUAUCAUUUCAUAGUUAAUAGAAUUUAGGCCUGGGCUGUGCCCCAUGAAUAACCAUAAAAUACAAAUCGAAGCUCCCCCAGCAUUAAAUUAACUCCUAUCACGCAGGAUACCUAUUCGUCCAGGUACGGUUUUGGUUCACACGCAGAGUUGUCCUAUCAAUUGACUAUGGCUCUCCCAUAUAUAUAUUACAUAUAUAAUAAGCACGUGGGCACGUCAUUUUCUUUGUUUUCUACAUUAGUUAUUUCUAUCCCCAUAUUGACCAAUUGGUUUACAUCAAUAUAUGCUUGCACUUCAUUGCCUUAUAAAAUAAAUAAAAACUUUAUGUUAGUUUUAUAAUACACAAAUUAAAAUAGUUUUAACUCAAAGAAACAUAAUAUAAAUUAUAUAAAUACAAAUAUAUCACACGACUGUAUAAAAUAUAAAUAAAUUAGAUGCUAUAAACGUGUUUAAUAAUCUGUCUGCAUAAUAUACCUUCAUCAAGUAAAUUGCACAUUGUUUCAUUGUUAAUAUUAUAUACUGAAGAGUUUUCUCGCAAAACAAUUGCUUGGAAUUGCUUAUUUAUAUCACUUAUGACUAUAAUUUAUUAUAUUUAUUAUUAUUAUAUAUAAUUGGUAGUGAAUCGAAUGGCAAUAAAUCAAACGUUAAACAACCAGUUUACGACAAUAAUACUGUGAAAGUGUGAAUGUAUUUUACCCAUAUGUAUAGUCCAUAUGACCAUAACACGGAUAAGAAACACUCAAUAGUUUUCAAUUUUUCUUAUUCCAGCUAAGUACUGAUAAGACUUCUCUGACACAAAUACUCGCAAAAAUGUAUUAUAACAUUGAAAAUUAUGGUGGUGUGUUUAAGUCAGACUAAAAUUAAUUGUCUCAUUGAAGAAAAGGUAGCUGUAUAAUACAUUUUUUAGUUAUUAAAAAAGUGAAUAAUGAACAACAUGGAAUCCUACCAGGGCUAUCAACUAUCCGCAAAGUUUUAAAUUUACCCAGCCUUGCUGUUUGUAGGAGAUCUGCGAACUUAUCAUUUCUAUCCAAACUUUUAUCCAAUUUAAUCUAAUGUCCCGAAUCAAUUUUAAAGUUUCAUCUCGUAGUACUAGACUUUUAUAUUAAUAUUUUUAUUGCUGUUAUUAUUAUUAUUCUAAUUGAAUAUCUGUAAAUGUUUUUUUGUAUUAUAAUAUAUUUAUAUAAAUAACUUGAAGUUUUUUGAGCGUCGGCCUUUACUGUUAUAAAACAAAACAAAAUAAAAUAAGUUUAAAACAAUAAAAUCUUAAGACGAAUAUUUGUCUCUUUUUAGUUUAUAUAUUUUUUGGUUUUUCCAAUUAUUAUUAAAAUUGCUAGAAAAACUAAUUAAAAACUUACCAACUUACUUGACACAAAAUGCAACAAAAUAGGUAUCUUGCCAUAUUUUAAUUGGAGCGAGAUUUCUGGAUGAAAAGUUCCACAGGUUUUUAUAGGCUGGAAAAAAAUAAACUAAUUAAUACUGCUUGUAUAUACUUAACGCUUUGUAGUAUCCAUGGGACACAAACGUGUUUAUAUAAUUUGUUAAUCCAUUCAACCACAUGAUAUUUGUUUGGGUGAUAUUUUACUUUCUGCAGUAAAUUAUAGUUUAAUGUUAUAGUCCUAUCACAUCAACUUAUCACAUUAAUUAUUUUUUUUUUUUUUUUAUGAUUUUCCGGUGAAAAAUUGUUAUCAAAGAGCAAUAUUGACCAUGAAGAAUGAAACUGUCAACGAUAAUGUAAGCGUCUAACAACUAAAUCUAACUAUAUACUUUGCUGGCGAAUUAUUACGUGCCCAUUAUUGUACAAAAUCGUGUUUAAAAUUUAUAAUUUUAGAUUUGGAACGUAGCGAGGGACUUAUUGGUUUUGAAUUAUUGAAUUUGAGUUCGUCCAGUUUUAGACCCUAUUAUUGCGCCCAUAAAUAUUUCCUCAUUAAUUAAAAUUACAAUUUUGCUUUUCCACAAAAUAAAAGUUCUUCACUCAACUAUCAUGGUCUAAAAAUGUAAUCCAGUUAAAAAUAUACGUUGAGAUUUGAAAUUUAGGAAAACUUAUAUUUGCCUUUUCUAUACGUGGUAAAAUUUUCAAAACGUUUUAGUCAUUUUUGAGCUAUUUAUAGAUAUUUUAAUUUCAAGUGUUAUUUAAGUAAUUUUUUUUUGGUAGAUAAUCUGUGGAUAGAAAUAUUAGACUAGAAAUGCUUGAAAAUUUGACAGGAGAUUUAUUAUAAGUCAAUGAACAUAUGAACUUAAAAUUUGGAUAAAAAAUGUCUACUUGUCUCUUCUAGACGUGGUAAAUUUUCUAAAAAUUUAAUCCAUUUUUGAGUUAUUUGUAAACAUAUUAAUUUGGUUAGUUUUGUACAUGAUUUUUAUAUGGUAGGUACUUUGUCAUAAAAUUGUUAGACUUAAUAGAAAUGCUUGAAAAUUUAACAAGAAGUUCAUUAAGAGUCUUACUUUAUGGUCAAAAAAAGAAAAUUUUAGUUUAAUGUAGUAUUUUUUUAAUAAAGAAAUUUUAAUAUCAAAUUAUGUGGACCAAAUUUUCAAUUUUUUAACAUAUGUAUAUAGCUGAUUUAAGAACGAUGGUGAAGUCAGAAUUGAGCGGACUGACUAAGUUUCGAAAUUCUAGCUUUUUAAUGUUCUGAUAUUAUGUGGAUAUUUUUUGUUAUGUUAAAUAUUGUCUUCUCUAAAGUAGGUUUGUCGUAGCUGAAUGGUUAUAGAUACCUAUUUUCAUCCUAGGGUUCACGAAUUCGAACCCGUGUCUCAAAAAAAAUUGUUUACAUUUAUUUACCCUUUACCUAAAUAAGGAAAAAAUAAUUGCAUUUUGAGUGAACCUUGAGACCCAAGCCUUCGCCCACUCAGACUAUUUUAAUCGAGAAAUACCCGUCGAUUUGUUAUGCAAACUUUUCUACUAUAAAUCUUGCUCCGAUGUAUCAAAUAUAGCUUAUUUUCUGAAAGAAAAUUUUAUUUCCAUGGUAACUUGGGGAGGUUAUUUUUUGAUUUUCGCAAGAGUUUUUCCAAUAAAUGGAAAAAAACGUGAAAAACGGAAAAAUCUAUAAAGUUCAUUAGUAAAAUAUUACAAUUUUUUUUGUCUAUAAACAACUUCCACCAGCAAUUUUGCAACUACUUACAAUGAUAACACACUUUCUGAAAGGAAAUCUGAUUGGGGAGUUACUAUAAGAGGUCAUUUUUCGAUUUUUCCAAGAGAUUUCCCAGCAAAUGUGAAUAAUCGGGAAAAAACAUGAGAAAACUGGGAAAACGCAGGAAAAACGGGAAAAGCGAUAAAAUAAUAAACAAAUAUUAUUAAAGAAAAUUUACUAUCCCUAUUUAGUUAUUUUACAAAAAUAUGGCAUAUACAUAUUAUUGACAAUGCAUCACUAUUAAUUGAACUGCGCUCAGAAUCGUUAUUUCGUUAGCAAUGGCUUGUCGUUGCUUACAGAUAUGCAUUAAAUUAUCUAUAACAGUAGUUGCAACUCACGUCAUUAUUCUAGAAGAUCUUUCUUCUAUAUUAUGUUAUAGAUCGUUGCGUCUGAAUCAGAAGAACUAGAUCACUUAAUAUUGAACACGAAGGAAAAUUACGGUUACCAGAGUGAAUCCGGGGGUGAAUGGUUUUCUGAAGAUUAUGAAGAAGGAUACAAGAGUAAUCUAGGAAACCGUGUAUGUUAAAUAAUUUAUUAUAUAAUACUGAUUGUAACUAGAUGUACUAGAUGAUUGGUCACUGUUCAAAUUUUCAAAAAUGUAUAUCAUAAUGUAUUUUUAACGAUCUAAUCGUCGUUUUUGUACCUAUAGAUAAAUUUUCAAUGGUCCAGAUCACUUUUGGAAGAAGACUCUUAUCCCGAAAACACGUUGACCGUUCAAGAAGCCAGUAAAUGUCUAAGCCGUAUCGGUCAAGUGGGAAACGGAUUGUGUUACGCUUAUAUUCAGAUCAAUCUUACUCAUAGGUAAAAUCAACAGAUGAUAUGUAUAAUAGUCUAAGUAAAUAGGUACUCAAAACAGUAUACUAAAUUAGAGCUUUUAUUUAAUCGUAGACAAAAUUUCCUCUUUCAACAUAUGCACAUUAUUAUUAAUCAUGAAAAGCUAUAAUAAUUUAAGAAUACCUAUUAAACUAGGAUUAAUUCAUGUUCACAAAUUAAGUUCGAAUCUGUCCUGUUUACUCGAUACUAAAAUUUAGAAAUGAGGGUCUUAAUAUAUAUUAUAAAGUUACCGAAAACAAUGUCUGAGUACUUAUGUUAAAACAAAUUAUUACUAAUUGCCGACAAUUUUACAGAAAUUUGACUAACAUUGAGGAAAUCACCCACUUUAAGUAUUUGUCUCUCAUCGACUUGUCGUACAACCACUUGGAUUUAAUCAGUUUGGACGUGCUUAGAGACUUGGUGCACGUGGUUUUCGUACAGGCCGAUCAUAACGUAGUAAAUUCUUUAUGUUUGACGUCUCUGCCGUAUCUACAGGUAUCUACUUGUACGAUAGUUAUUAAUUGCAUGUUCUUUAAAAUCAGAAUAUAACCAGGAUUAAAUUGAUUGAUUUUUCCAAUAAAAAAUUUAAGAAUAAUGCUUCCACAAUCUUAAAACUAUAUUAAAUAUAAUAAUGUUUUACAUAGGUAGGUAAAUAUAAACUAAUAGUAACAAUAAUAACAUAAACUAAAAGUUCUGUCAUGGGUGAUCCAUUAAUUGCUCUUUUUAUAUGAUUUUUUUUUUUAAAUAUUACCAAUAACAUAUUUUACAAUUCACAUAGUAGAACUUAUUUAUUAUGUGUUAAUGACAUAUUCCCUUUAUUCCGUAGUAUAGUAAGCAAGCUGAGAAUGUGGUAAAAUCGUAUCGUACCGAUUUGCAGUCAAAACGAUUCGACGACACCCGAUUUGCCAACAAAUUAUUUAUUUACAUUGAUUAUUCGACAUUGAUUAUAACAAAAUUAUUUAGAAUAAAUAUACGCCUUAAUUUGAAUAAUAAUAAUAUUGUUAAAAAAUAUUAUUUUUUUAUUAUUUGUAAAAAGUUCGAGUCAGAGAAAAUAAAGUAUUAUUGUUACUCAAAUUAAUUAUAAAUGUUAAUGUUACUUUGCGGCCGAUUGCAGUUUUUUAUGUUAUGGGUUUAAACUCGAAGUUUAUUUUCUGGUUUUAACUGUUAAAAGUAAAAGUUUAAGUGAAAAUAUUUGUAAUAUUCUAGAUUUCUACAAAUUUUUUUUUUUAUCUGCCCGGAAGCUUUUAUUACAACGAUAAAAGAUCUUUAGAAAUACAUUAUAAAGGUGUACAAUAUAGAAAACUGGUGUAUACUGGUAAAGAAUACUGAUGCACAAAAAGAAAAUAACACAUGUCCUACUCCCAAUUAAAUGGCCCCGGCUUUAGUCCAAGGAUCUUAUACUAAGUCGUAUGGUCUUCGGUUAAAUUGUUUAGUUUCAUUUAAAAAAAAUAUUACACUUAUUAAAAAUGUAUAAGAAAUAAAUAAUAUAUAUAUAUAUAUAUAUAAUCAUAAUAUUUGUUUGAUAUUGAACCGAUUUUCCCGUGUUUUUUACGUUUUUCCCGGGAUUUAUUUUUGCUGGGAAAACUUGAGAAAAUCGAAAAAUGACCUCCUUAAAGUACAAUCCCAAUUUUUCACAUUUGAAGAGAAAACUCCUGAAAAAAUUUUCUUUCAAAAAAGUUUCUACAUAUACAUCGAAGUAAACUUUUCGGUAAAAACAGUGUUCAUAUAAAAAAAAAUUUAAAAAAAUAAACGCUUUUGGAACACCAAUACAUUCUACGAUACACUCUGAAUCUAAAAAACCGAAUUUAAUUAUGCAUACACAACUACACGAAACGGAACACACCCAUGCACGUAACAGUUCGAUCACUGGACACUGAACGACUGAAUUACCUGUUAAGUUUUUAUUCACUUUAUUCAAAAAUAAAUCAUAUAACCUCUAGAACGUUUAUACCUAUAUACUAAAAUAUUUUGUGUUCGCUGGAUGCUCCUUUGUCAUUAUGUUGUUACGUGAAAUGUUACCGUAUUCAUUUUCAGCUCAAAUCAUAUAAAUAUAAAUCAAUCUUUAUUUUUUUUCAAGGUAAAAGUUUUAAACUUUUCAUAUAGUAUUUCGGCAUACGGAUGAACGCCCCCCUCCCCCAAACAUUUGCUGCCCGGAGCAAAUGCCAUUAAAACCCACUGUCAAAUACGGCCCUCAUGAUAACAACAUGCGAGGUAUAAUAAUUUUCUAACGAUUGUUUUUUCGAUUAACUUACAUGCUCCACCAUGUGUCCUGUAUUGCUGGCUGCUGUGUCAAUUGAUAAUGAUUAAAUGCGAUCUGUUAUACUCCAAUCAUAUAAUAAAUCCAUAAAAGCAUUUUACAUUUUUCCCUAAUUCCAAAUUAAACCUACAUUUUUAAAAAUCUUAAAAAUAAUUUCUUUUAAAACAGUAUUUAGUAUGUAUUGAAUAGUUCAAAAAAAUGUGUAUCUAUAAAUUUAUAGUUGCUAAAUAUUUUUAAAUUUAAAAUAAUUAUUGAUAAACGAUACCCAAAGUCUAAAAAUAUGUUAACCGUCUCUCCAUGUAUAUUUAUUAACACUCCCUCCCAUUGUAGAUUUCAGAACAGUUUCCUGGCCAUUAAAGGAGGGCCACCACUGGUUUUUAUCAUCAUCAGAACGAUAAUAUCGGGAAUUGUAAUAGAUUAUUAAAAUCCUAUUCUGAGUUAAGCAAGGAUAAUGUCCUUGCUUUCCUGAGAUAGUAGGAAUAUAAUAUAAAUAACAAUAGUGUGUAUAAAAAUACAUGUAUUAUUUUGCUUCUUUUCUUUCCCAUAAGGUUUUGACCCUAAAUUCGAACAAAGUCACGACACUCUCAGGUCUUCAGCAGCCUUCUUUGGAAUGUUUGGAACUCAACGGUAAGUAUAAUAUAAGUAGAUUGUGAUCGUAUUAUUAUAUGUAUUAUUUGUGUGAAUGUGAAAACACCGGGAAUCAUUAUCAACACGGUAUAUUAUUGUAUUAUCGUAUAAUUAUUCCUUGUCCCUGUCCAUUUUUUUUUGUGGUAAACAAUAAUUUAUUGGAAGCGUUCAACAUUCACUCUAGUGUAAUAGUGUAAAGGUAUAAUAUUUUACGAACGAACAACACUCUUAUAAAUAUUUGUUCUUUAAUGUUGUCGUCACGUGGCUUACAUAACGAAAUCACCGUGUCAAGUUUUUACCCAUAAUCGUAUAGUUUUAUCACAAUACCAAUAAGAUAAAAUUCGUAAUUCACCAUAUUUUCUGCCCGAAAACGAUUUGAUUUUAAUUUUAAAAUCUAAGUUUUCAAAUUAUGGCGUUUUUAUUCCGUUUUAUUCCGCUAAUAAUACUUAAUUUAUCAUAAAUUUACAUUUGAAAAGGGGGACUCAUUUUUAUAGGUUACAUUUUAAUUUUUCGGAUAGGUGGAUGGACAACAUAUUAACCGAAGUAAAAUAUUUUGCACCACCACUGCACUUACUUUAAGUACACUUAUUUGUUUUAUUUCCAUUUAAUAGUUAUAUAUUAUGUAUUAUAACAUAAUUGAAUGGGUAAGUAACCUAAUCCAUUUCAUAUUUUUGCUGACAUCAGCACAUAAAUUAACAUCUCCAUAUUUUAUGUGUUAUGAUAAGCCAAGCACAGUAUACUUAGUUUAGGCUAUAGUUUAAAAAAAAUAUAAUCAUAUGACCACAUUGUUUUAAUCACAGAUAACAAAAUUACUCGCGUGAUACAAGAACCGAGCAAAAGCUUUAACAGCAACUAUUGUAAUGAAAUCGAUUGCCCGAACCUUGUCACAUUGGCAUUGUCCAGAAACGUCUUGGAAACUAAAGUGUUCGAACAAUUGACAUUCGUGUCCAUAACAUUGCGAGUAUUGUAUUUGGUAAUCCGAUUAAAAAUUGUAUAAUAUACUAUAAAAAACAAUUAUAAUAGCUAUAAUUAUAGAAUCGGAAUAUUGUUACAGAGUUACAAUAAAAUUGAAAGUCUACUGGGAUUGGACUCGUUGCUAAAUUUGUGUCGGUUAAAUUUGCGUGCCAACUGCAUAUCCACUUUGGAUGGUAUCACCGAUAAUUUGAAACAAUUAUCGUAUUUAAAUUUACGGUAAGCUAUAUAUCAUAUAUUAAUACACACGUGUAAAUUUGAUUGUCAUGCGCACUCAAAUCGAGCAAUUAUGCUUAUCUAAUUUAACUGCUAAUCCACACACACUCCUUCUACUCGUUUUUGAGCUUUCAAACAUAUCCUUGAUCAAACCAAUAUACAAUCUUUUAAUUCCUUAUCUCAUUAACCAAUUAAUCAAAUCUAACUAUAGAUGUACACUUAUUUUUAGCACGUCUUUUUUUUUUUGAUACCAAUAGAUACAUUAAAGAGGUCAUUUUUCGAUUUUCUCAGGAUUUUUCUCAAAAAAAAAUGGGAAAACCGAAAAAAAUUACGGAAAAACGGGAAAAUGUACGAAAUGUAGGUAUUGGUUAAAAAUAUUACCGUCUUAUUUUGUUCGAUUAACAAUUUUUCUACAAGCAAUUUUGCUCAGAUUUACAAUAAUAGCACUUUUCUUAAAAGAAGCUCUGACCGGAAAAGUACUUUAGGGGGGUUAUUUUUCGAUUUUCCCAAGAGUUUUCCCAGCAAAUGUAAACUACGGGGAAAAAAACAUUGAAAAACAGGAUAAUCGGUACAUUAAACAAAUAUUAUGAGAAAUUUUUUAUACAGUAAGAAAAUUAAAAAAAAAGGAAAAAAAUAAACAUCUUUUGUUAAACCAAUACAUUAUUCGCUACACUCAAAAACUAAAAUAGUUACAAAUUCUAUAUAGUAACUUAUUAAAUAUUGAUUUUUGUAUGCAUAGAAUAAAAACAAUAUUUACAUCAAUACAAAUAUACUAUAAUAUACAUACAUAAUAUUAUAACAAUAUAGUAUAUCCAAAUAUAUAACCUAUAUAGUAUACAUUUUUUAUUGUGAUCAUAAGCAUUUGACUUGAAUCAAUGUCUCUCUUCAUAAAAAUAACUACUCUAAUUAAUGUUUAAACUUUAAAGGGCAUUAUUAAAAAAUUAUUCAUUAAUGAAUAUAUAAUACUCUUAGAUAUGACUGCAAUAAAACCAUAAAGGACACUUAAAUGAUACUCAAUUACAUGAAUAUUAAUAAUAAUAAUACACAUUGUAUGAAAUACCUAAAUAGGUACAUUCCAAGUUUUAGCUAACAAAAAUAAAGUAUAGGAAUACUCACUAUGGAGUAUGCUAUAAUAGUAAUUGGAUAGCUAGUACCUACAUCUUGACUAGAUUUGUUUCAUAAUAUAAUACGAUAAAUUAAUGUAUCUAUUUUUAACACGGUUGUUAAGUGCCUUUAGUGAGCUAUUAUUAGUUGCCUGAUUCCAUAGCACCUCAUCCAAUCUAUUGAUAAUUUGUUUAUUUAUUUAUUUAUAAUGAUGGGCUUACGCCUCUACACAUCAACAUAAUUACAAGUUAUAAGAUUACAUUAAAUUACAAAAUAAAAGACGUCCUAGGAUAAUAAGGCGCAGUCACUGUUAUAAAAAUUCGGUUUCAGGGAAAACCAUUUGGCCGAUACAAAUGAACUAGCUAAGUUGGCUUGUCUUGGAUCACUAAAGACGCUAAUCGUGUCACAAAAUCGUUUCGAUCCACGAUCGACGGCGAACUUACGGCCGUACCUCACGAAAUUAGUCCCGUGCUUGGAACGGAUCGACAAGCAAAAAGUUGUACGGAACGCGUCUGACGACAACAGUGAAAACAUCGAAUGGCCGGAUGUGAGCCAAGAAGUCGAGGAGAACGAAUAA